AUGGGAUCUCAUGAAGCUCAGGAGAACCAUGUUGCAGCAUUAGGGGGGUCGAUAUCUUUCGGGAGAUUCUUGUCGGAAUCGCUAGACUGGGGCAAAUGGUCUUCCUUCCACCAUAACAGAUACUUGGAAGAGGUCGAGAAGUACUCGGUGCCGGGUAGUGUUGCUCGGAAGAAAGCUUACUUCGAAGCUCACUACAAGAGGGUCGCAGCUACGAAGGAAGCCGCAAAUGCUGCCAAUAAAAGCUUACCUGGGAGGCAAACAGAUGUCGCUGGAUUCGUAGAAUCUGAGAAGAAGAGUAAUCGUAUGGUCGACCAAGGUGCUUGUUUUUCGAGAGCAGGUAUCAGUUUUGAUCUGUGUGAAGUAGCACAAGUGGAGAAGGAGAAUGCCACAGAAGAAGAUAAGAGUCACAUCGGUUCUUCUCUGCAACUUGAAGCAACAGAUGUAGCAGUUGAAGAGGGUGAACAAGUAGAAUCUGAGGAGAAGAGUAAUCAUACGGUUGACAAUUCGAGAAAAGGUAUCAGUUUUGAUCUGUGUGACAAGAGCAAUGAACCACAAGUGGCAGAAGCGGAGAAGGGGAAUGCAAUAGAAGGAGAUGAGAUUCACAUUGGUUCUUCUCUGCAACUUGAACCAACCGAUGUAGCAGUUGAAAAUAUUGAAAACAAGAACAAGUCUUCUGGGUUUGAGCUUAGUGAGAUCUGUACAUCGGAGAAGAAGCCACUGAAGGAAAGUCUUGUCAUUAAUAUGGAUAAUAUAGAUUCAGCUGAGAAGAAUUAUAGUGUGACUGUUUCAAGAUCAUCAGUUAGCCAUAGAUCAUCAGGAUUGCCUCCUUCCCCUUCAUCCAGGAUUCCAUUUUCCCUGUCAAGGCCGGUUUCAUCCUUGAGAUGUCCCAAGGAGAACAUUUCCACUCCAGGCAGUAACAGGAAAUACGGUUCUAUCUCAAAGGAGAACAAGAAAUCAGUUCCAACAUUUCCAAAAUCGUUGCACAUGUCGGUCAAUCUUACUCAAUUUCAGAGUGGAGGGGCCAAUCCAAAAGCUAAAAUGUCACCUGUUCAUGAGAAGGCCAAGGAAACAAAAGCUAAAAUGUCACCUGUUCAUGAGAAGGCCAAGGAAACAAAAGCUACUGUGAAUUCAGCAAAGCCAUCUCCAGAUCUCUCAUGUCAUCAUAGGACACCAUAUAAGGUAUCUUUGGAUGGAGUGCCAAGUUUAAACUCAGUUAUCAUACAGUCAGAAAAGAAGAGGUCUUAA